GGAAUGCUGGGUUUGCCCUGACGUUGCAUGCAGUGCCUGGGUUGCACGCUGUCAUCCCUAAACCCUGGGAUUCUCUUCGUUCCCACACUGUCGGGAAAGUCGCUCAGAGGGGCAGUGGGCAGAGGGUGACCUCAGCACAGAUCCCCAUUUCUGAAUUUUCCUAAUUUUUGGGGCUCCUCGCUUUAUUCUCACUUUGGGCAGAGUGAUCUCAGCCCCUCUAUCUAUGCAGUGCUUGGCUGUGGUGCUCGUUUGUAGUGGGAGUAUUGGGGUGGGCUCUGCCAGCAGGCAGUAAUAGCAGUGCGCAGGGCCAGCAGUUGCCAUAUCCAUCUCAUGUUGAGGGUCAGCAUUAAUGUAUCACACCCAUUUAUCUCCUGCUCUUUUGGUGCUGGUCUUUCAAAGCCUUGAUUUCUGGCACCAGAACAAACACAGUUUGCUUUGUUCAGAACUUUCCAUGCGUUGUGAAGGAGCAGCCCAGGGAAGGGAAUGUCCUCCCCAGGUGCGUUCCUGAGCUCAAAGCUUCCAGAAAGCAAAUCCUGCAGCCACAAAGGGGUGUUGUUCAGCUCCUGGUCUGUAAAUCAGCCCUAUUGUUUUAGAGACCCGACCCGAGGGGAUUUGGGUCAGUGUUAUUUUGGUUAAAGAAUGCUGGAUUCGGUGCGUUCCCAGGAACAGCCCGAGGCUGGGAUGUGCUGAGCCAGCUGUAUGGAUGCGCUCAUCCCUGGGAGAGUCUGAGUUUGUAGGGCUUCACUUUUGGGGCUGUGCAUUUAACCCAUCCCAUAACCAGCCCGGGGCAUCUCCUCUGCAGGAAGAUGUUGGUAAAUAAGGAAAUAUUCCAAGAAAUGACAUAGCCCUGGAUGGAGUGAGCAGGAGCGGCCAAAAAAAGCUAAGCUCCCUAUUGCUUAGUCAAGCAGAAAACCCAGGGAUGAUGUCAAAACAGCUUGUAUCUUUACCAAGUUUUCUAAAGCAUCCUUAUCAAGAUUUCUGCAUAUUAGCAGGGGGAAAAGCUGGCUCACACAGCACAUGGGGUGUAGGCUGAGGUCUGAGUAAUUUUUCCCAGCCAGGAAAGAGGGAUGCUCAGCCACAGACAUGGGUUGGGACAUUCCAAGUGCAUCACUUGGAGUGUGCUGUCUGAACACUCCUUGAACCCGACAGUGCUUCCCAUACUGCUCAUGUCAGCACCCCAUGUUCCAUGUGUUGGGAUUUCUUUUUUUUUUAUUUGAAGGCCUGAGUAAUUAGGAGCAGCUCGUUAUAGGAGGCCAGCUGUUUUUGUAGUAAUGAAAAUAAAUAAAUGCUGCUUUUGUGCUUUGGUUGGUUCGCUUUUGUGGCUGGAAAAGAGAAAAGAAAAAAAAAAAAAAAAAACCAAGACCUAAAGUGAAUGGGAAAAAAAAAUAAAUCAGAUGCACAGAGUUUAUUAGUUUAGGCUUUGCUGGAAUCUCGUUAACCUGCUCACAGUCAGACAGCACUGAGGGCUGAGAGCAGGCUAUGCUCAGCCUUCAGCAUCACCUGCUCUCCUCCAGCCCAGUUUUGUGCCCACAACACAACAGCAUCUUUGCUCCUUGGUGCAUCCCUCUCUGACCAGCCAUGCAAACAAAGCUGUAGGUGACAAAAUAGGGGUAUUUCCCAAGGCAGGAGGUGAGGCUGGCCACAAUCCCCUUCAUGUUCACAUGGUGAUAAGGGCCCUGUGUUAAGCACUGCUGGCGCCCGGGGGAUUUGGGCUCCUUCCAGUGGGUCAGAGCUGCAUACAGUUGUGUGUUGAGAACACCAAGAAUGGCUCAAAACAGUGCUGGAGGAUGGGGAAAAGCCCUGCAUCCUCAGACAUGUACCCAAUUUGUGGUCCUGUGUGCCAAAAUCAGGCAGAAAAUGGGAUCCCCAGCAUGGAGGGAGGGUCCUGGGCACCUCUCUUCCAUUCCAAGCAAGGGGACACAGUGCUGCUCUGUGAUGUUAGUGAGGCACAGGGCUCCCCUGCGUUUUGCAGUUCAAAAGCUGCUCCCAACUUUGGGCACACAGCCCCAAGGCUCCCAAAGAGGCUUUAUCAUUGUGAUAAGCUGCAGCUGGGGAUUUUGAUGUAUGCUGAGAGCUCCGGGUGUGGAUACAACCCCAAAACUGAGGGAACAUGAAAUGCUACAGGGCCAUGUGUCUAAGCAUGGUGGCAUUCUCUGUGUCCCAGCAUUGGCCUGUGCCACCACGUUCAUGCAGGAACAUGCAUCCACACUGCACAAUACUCUGCAUGCCAGAGGGCGCAGACAGCUGUAGCUGUAGCUGUGGCUCUACCCAAAGGCCAAACCUCACUGUUCUGCUGUUUCCUCUUUGUUUCACAAUGUAUUUCCUCCCACUUUUGCAGAAAAAAUUGUGGCUGCAAAGGGAGGGCCCUGGGCAGGGAAUAAGGGAGCAUGGGGGGUUUGCAGCAACUCCACACCGGUACCAGGAGAUCCCAGGACUGCAAUGGGGGGCACACAGCAUCCACAGGGCCCAGCUGCCCCAGGGAUGCUGGGGACCACUGUGCCUCAAGAGGAAGGAAGAGCUGAAGGUGAUGACUCUAUGGCCACCUCCCCAUCCCCCUCAUUGCAUCAGCUGUCGGAACCAGACAGCCAUACAGUUCCCAUCUCUGCCCUUCCUGCCCCAGUGGGUGCUGGUGGUUUUGGGGCCCCGUGAAUGGAUGUGAUGUCCUCCAACUGAGGUGUGUGUCUCCCAACAUCCUCACUGCCAGUUCCACUGGUGGAAUCCCAGUUUUACCCAGAGCAGUAUCACAAGCAGCUGUCAGCUUCAUUUUGGACAGGAACCACUUCUCUCCCCAAGACUGGGGCAGGUGGGACAAUUUGCUGGACUCAGAGCUCACCACAGCCCCAAAAUGCCCACAGAGAGGCACCAGAGAUGAUGUCUCCCAGGGCUACAGUGUCAAGGGCACUGUAAGGAGCUGGCACUGGGGUGGCAGGUGGGAGAUGUCAGCAGGAUGGAGCCCAGCUGGUGCUGGGCUGGGGGAAGUGAUUAUUGAAGAAGUAAGGAGGGAAAAAUUGGAUUUGAGGGCUGGGAAGGGGAUGAGGGUAUGCAGGGUGGGAGGUGGAGCUUUGCUGGCUGAGCACACAGGGCUGGGUGAUGGUGAUGGUGAUGGUGAUGGUGAUGGUGAUGGUGAUGGUGAUGAGCAGGCAGUCACAGCUCUCUGUUUUGGUGUUCCAAGGGAGUAACAUCUGUACUACCCGAGGGGUGAACUCCUGCAAGCAGUGCCUGGCUGUCAGCCCACUCUGUGCAUGGUGCUCUGCAGAGGUGGUGGCACAGUCAUCCCCACGUUGCGACCUGCUCACCAACCUCCUGCAGAACGGCUGUGCAAUGGACUUCAUCGAGUUCCCCAGGAGCAGUGUUACAGUCCUGGAGGAGCGGCCGCUCAGUGAUAAGGGCUCAGGGGGGUCCACCACCACCCAAAUGAGCCCCCAGAGGAUCCAGCUAAACCUGCGGCCAGAUGACUCCCAAAUAUUCCGUGUCCAAGUGCGCCAAGUAGAAGAUUAUCCCGUGGACAUCUACUACCUGAUGGAUCUGUCCAACUCCAUGAAGGAUGAUCUGAGGAACAUCCAGAACCUGGGUACCAAGCUGGCCAGUGAGAUGCGCAAGCUCACCAGCAACCUUCGCAUCGGCUUUGGGGCCUUUGUGGACAAGCCCAUUUCACCCUACAUGUACAUCUCUCCUCCAGAAGCCAUCAGGAACCCUUGUUAUGAGAUCGGGGAAACGUGCUUGCCCAUGUUUGGAUACAAACAUGUCCUGUCGCUCACAGACGAGGUGAUGCGCUUCAACGAGGAGGUGAAGAAGCAGAGCGUCUCAAGGAACAGGGAUGCACCUGAGGGUGGCUUCGAUGCCAUCAUCCAGGCCACCGUGUGUGAUGAGAAAAUUGGCUGGAGGAACGACGCGUCCCACCUGCUUGUCUUCACCACGGAUGCCAAGACGCACAUCGCAUUGGAUGGCAGGCUGGCUGGUAUCGUGCAGCCCAACGAUGCCCGGUGCCACAUUGACAAGGAUAACUUCUACUCAGCUUCUACCACGCUGGACUAUCCCUCUCUGGGCCUGAUGACAGAGAAGCUCUCACAGAAGAACAUCAAUUUGAUCUUUGCUGUGACGGAUACGGUUGUUGGUCUCUACCAGAACUACAGUGAGCUGAUCCCAGGCACAACUGUGGGCACGUUGUCCAGAGAUUCCAGCAAUGUCUUGCAGCUCAUUGUGGACGCCUAUGGGAAAAUCCGCUCCAAGGUGGAGCUGGAGGUGCGCGACCUUCCUGAAGAGCUGUCCCUGUCCUUCAAUGCCACCUGCCUCAACAACGAGGUCAUCGCUGGGCUCAAGUCCUGCAUGGGGCUCAAGAUUGGGGACACGGUGAGCUUCAGCAUCGAGGCCAAGGUACGAGGCUGCCCACAGGAGCGUCAGAAAUCCUUCACCAUCAAACCCGUGGGCUUCAAGGACAGCCUGACCGUGGUGGUGAACUUCGACUGCAACUGUUCCUGCGAGAGCCAGGCCGAGGCCAACAGCUCCUUCUGCAGCAAAGGCAAUGGCAGCCUGGAGUGCGGGGUGUGCCGCUGCAACCCGGGGCGUCUGGGCUCACACUGUGAGUGCUCGGAGGAAGAGUACAACCCUUCACAGCAGGACAACUGCAGCCCUCAGCCAGGACAGCCCCUCUGCAGCCAGCGUGGAGAGUGCAUCUGUGGGCAGUGUGUGUGUCACAGCAGUGACUUUGGCAAGGUGACGGGCAAGUACUGUGAGUGCGAUGACUUCUCCUGCGUCCGCUUCAAGGGUCAGAUGUGUUCAGGGCACGGGAAGUGCAGCUGUGGGGACUGCCUGUGUGACUCAGACUGGACUGGUGACUACUGCAACUGCACCACACGCACUGAUACGUGUAUGUCCAGCAAUGGGCUGGUGUGCAGCGGCCACGGCACCUGCAUCUGUGGCAAGUGUGACUGCACCCAGCCUGGCUCCUAUGGGAAUACCUGCGAGAAGUGUCCCACAUGCCCAGAUGCCUGCACCAUCAAAAAGGAAUGCGUGGAGUGCAAGAAGUAUGAGCGGGGCACACUGGUGGAGCAGCAGUCCUGUGGCCGCGUGUGCCGUGAUGAGAUUGAGACAGUGCAGGAGCUGGGUGACAGGGGCAAGGAUGCUGUGAACUGCACCUACAAGGAUGAGAAUGACUGCGUGGUGCGCUUCCAGUACUACGAGGACUCCAGUGGCAAAUCUGUCCUCUAUGUCAUAGAGGAGCCAGAGUGCCCGAAGGGGCCAGACAUCCUGGUGGUGCUGCUCUCAGUGACGGGUGCCAUCCUGCUCAUCGGCCUGGCUGCCCUGCUCAUCUGGAAACUCCUCAUCACCAUCCACGACCGCCGGGAGUUCGCCCGCUUCGAAGAGGAGAAGGCCAGGGCCAAGUGGGACACGGGCAACAACCCAUUAUACAAAGAGGCAACCUCAACCUUCACCAACAUCACGUACCGUGGGAACAUGUAGGAUGCUGCACCCGGCUGCAGGAUCAGCCCAGGACUGUGGGAUCUCCUGGAAUCCAGUUUACAGAAAAGCUUGUGUGUGUGUCUGCGUGUAAUUUAACAACCCUUUGGCUGUCUUCAGCCCCGCUGUCCGUCACCUCACUGUACUGCAGGGAUGUGCUUCCAUAGCAAACCUCUCGUCCUUACCUCGGUGGGCCAGCGGCCCCUCCAUACACUGAACGUGGUGACAUGGGACAAUUCUGCCUUGGAGAGACUGUGAACUGCAAGGUGCUCAUUUGGCCAUGGGGAUUUGGGUAGAACCCAAGGCUGUGAGCUGUGUUCUCCUGCAUGGCCUGUGCUGGAGCAACACGAUGAACAGCUGCAGCCCCCGUGUUGCCUUGUGGGCUGAGGACACACGAGCAAACUGGGACCACCCCCACCUUUCUGACAUUGCUGUGGUCUGGGACAGUGCAAAGCAAUGUCUGAGUUCUGUGUGACCUCCUCCUUCCCUCUAUGUGCCACCAGCAGCCACUUUCAUGUAGCACCAGCUGUGCUGGUCCCAGUGUCUCCCACCACCAUCCCCCUUCACAUAUGGAUGUGUUGUAUCCCUUGAGCCUGGCUCUCUGGGCAACAACCUCCCAGCCUUUCUCUGUGUGUUUGAGCUGUGUCACGGUACUGUGCUUGGUUUUCUGUGUGGCUCAGGGUCCAGAAGAGCUGGCAGGGGUCAGGUUGUAUCCUGCUGCCUUCAAUUGUGUAUCUCCCAUGGUUUUGUCCCCUGUGGAAAAAAAUAUCCUGGUGACAGAGAUGGGUCAGCUGCUGUGGUGCCUUCCCCAUGCAGGUCCUGGUGGCUCUGUUCCUGUUGGUUCUACCAAAAAGCAAUGGAGAUCCUGUGCCCCAUGCCCACCUCUAGUGCCCAAGAUUGUCCUGCAGGUGGUGGCUGUGUCCCCUGCCUGUUCCCAGCAGAGUGGGAACGGGCAGCAUAAAGGAUGGUGCUGAGUGGCAGCUGGGGCUGAGCCCUUGGGUGGGAAGAGAUUCGCUGCUCCUGUGGGCACUUCCCAGGGCACCAAAUAAAAAACCUCAAACACUCAAUGGUGUCAGCAUCCAGUGCUUGCCCAAGCCAGCAUGGCUCAGUCUGGGGGAAGCAGAUGGAUGGAUGUGUGACGCUCUCCCUCUCUUUAGGAGGUUUUUUGGGUCACAGGGCAGCCCCAACCCUACUGCAGCCUGGAGCUCUCCUGGCAGUUUCCACUCUUCACUGCAAGGCAAGCAACUCCCAUACUUCUGCAGGUCUCUGAAAGUCCUUCGGUGCUGGAAAAGCCUCCGAAGGAGAGAAGCUGGGCUGAGACUUCUGCAGGAUCGCCGUGGGGGGCAGAUGGGGUGAAAUUCUGUUGGCUGGGAGGGGUGUGCUGCCUGGGCACCCACUCAUCAUUACUUGGCAAAGGGCUGCAGGGACACCUGGUGGCACCUUCCAAAAUAGCAUUUUAGGAGUAGAGGAGAUGCUGAAAACAUACACUGUUUGAAGAGUGCACAGUUGGACUUGUGAGGAUACUGGGGUAUCCAGACAGUGAGUCCUGUAGGGUCAUUUCAGUGGGCAGCCCCCAGCUGGAGCAGAAGGGUGAGUUUGGUUCUGACAGCUCCCCUUUGCCAUGUGGGAUAUGGGAUGCCCACACUUCACACAGUGGGGUCAAGGGGAGGCUCUGGGGCAGCACUCAAUGUCCCCAGCUGUGCUGGGUGGGGAUCAGGGCUGGGUCUUUCCAUCCAAGAGUGGCUGCAUGGGGGUCUGAUCCCACUGGCUGCUAUGGGUAUAGUGCAGGGCUCAGCAAGCAGCAGCUGGAGGGAUGGACGUUCACCUGUAGUCAGGCCCUGAAUGUUGUCCCCAUCCCUGUGCCACUCUGUCUAAUGAAGUUUUAUGGUCCCCAUUGGAACCCAGUGCUCGCUAGCACAAUGGAGCUGAGCCAGGGAAUGUCCCAGGCACUCUGUGACAUCAGGCAGAAUGGUGGCACCAGGCAGUGAGCUUAGUGACAGGUGCACGCUGCCUGGGUGUGCCUGAGGCUACCAGGGUAAUCAAUUGACCAGUGGGGUCAGCCAAGGAGGGGAGGGAGCUCCACAAGCCUCUGAAGUCUGACAGCCUUGUAGCCACCGAGCAGCAGCAGCUACCACAGCAAGGCAUGG